UAUGUGAUUCGUUAUCUAAUUAAAAAUCAGAACAAUGAUUGUUUUGUAGAGUGUUCCAACACACAAUGGGGUCCAGAAUGCAAAAAAACAUGUGGUAAAUGUAAGAACAACGACUAUUGCAAUGUUUCCGAUGGGGCAUGUCCGAAUUCAUGUGAACCUGGAUGGAUUCCGCCUCUAUGUAUACAAGAAUGUUAUAACAACACUUACGGCGAAGAUUGUAAUUCCACAUGUGGACAUUGUAAGCAUGACCUAUCUUGUAACAAACAAAACGGCGUAUGCCCUGAAGGGUGUUACCCUGGAUAUAAAGAACCAAUCUGUAGUCAAGAAUGUUAUAACAAUACUUACGGCGAAGAUUGUAAUUACACAUGUGGACAUUGUAAGCAUGACCUAUCUUGUAACAAACAAAACGGCGUAUGCCCUGAAGGGUGUUACCCUGGAUAUAAAGAACCAAUCUGUAGUCAAGCGAAAGAACCAGGUGACGAGCGUUCACCAACAGGUGUCAUUGUCGGCGCCGUGAUUGGAGUCCCGAUUAUUUUGAUCAUAUUACUGGCUAGUUUUAUCUAUAAGUGUAAAUCAAAAAGGAACGCAAGCAUGUCUGAUGAAAGAACAUCACCAAUGCUGAAAAAUCAAAGCAAAGAAGUAAACCAUGCAAUAGUGAUAAGUAAAAAGAAAAAUGGCGAAGCAACAUAUGCCGUAGUCAAUCAACAUGAUGAAGUUGGUGGAAAGAAAACUGAACCCUGCAAAAAAUCUUCAGACAAAGAAGUAAAAGAUGAAAUAGUGAUGAGUAAAAUGAAAAAUGGCGAAGCAACAAAUGCCGCAGUCAAUCAACAUGGUGAAGUUGGUGGAAAGAAAAAAGUGCAAUCAAGUAAUUGGCUUUAAAAGCUAAACAUGAAUCUACAAAACUUUAUGAUGAGUAAAGUUAGAAUUAACUCAUUAAAUUCCUGACGAAAUAAAAUAUAGUAAUAAUCACUGCUGUCAUAAUUUGAGAAAGGUGUAGUAAUAAAACAUGAACAAAGAAACCAUAAAUAUUUAGUCAGUCUUAUCAUCUGUUAGGUAAAUUUUAUAGAUAUCUGAAGGUUUUCCUUAAGCAACUUAAAAAGUGUUAUCGACUUCAAAGCUUUCAUUUGAAUUAUGAAUACUGAAUUGCCACAUUUAAUCAAGUAUUCUUUUAUCUGUUUUUGCCUAUAUUCAGGGGUUACCAUGUAGCUUGAAACUUGGGCUGUCAUAGAUAGAAAGUUUUGUAUAUCUAUAUAUCGAAGGGUAAAUAUGGGCGAUAUAUCGAAACAUAUUUAAGAUAUGCAAACACGCUGGAAUAAAUGAUUCAAAAUGUGUUGUAGUUACCUUGCUAGCAAAUUGUUUACAUUGACUCACAGGCUUUGUUAGAUUUUUAUAAUGAUAGAAAUUUUAAGAACAAUAAAAUGCACUUGAAACAUAUGUCUGAGACAUGUGUCUGAGACAUUUGUAUAGAAAGAGCGUAAGAAUUUAAACUCAUCAAAGAGUACUGGGUUAGAUGAAAUUCUGGCAAGAAUUUUUACUAGAUGCAGCUUCCUUUUUAAAAAUACCAAUUACAUUUAAUUACAUUACUGUUAUAUUAUUAUUUGUAUUAUGUUAUAUGUGUAUGGGCUGGUUGCCUGAUUAUGCAAGAAACAUUUGACUUUGAUAGUAUCAAUAUGUCAAUUUCAGAAAAUUAUGUUCCUGGUGACAUAAAAUUAGCUAGGGUAAAACCUUUACAGUAAUCUUGAAAUAGGAAAUUAUUGACAUGCAUUGUAUCAAAAUUUUUAGAAAAAAUCAGUGCAUUCACAACAUGAAAAUAUUUUAGUUGAUAAUUGUUUAUUGUAUGAAUUACAGUCAGGUUUUAGAAAUUCCUUUUCCACUGACACAUGUCUUAUCCAUCUUAUGGAUCAUAUCUAUCUUAUGGAUCAUAGCAGAAAUAAUAAUUCCAAAGGUUUAUACACAGGCAUGAUAAUGUGUGACCUACUAAAAACAUUUGAUACUGUUGACCAUGAUAUUUUAUGUUGGUAAAGUGAAAUUGAUGGAUACUGACUGGUUCAUGUCUUAUCUUUAAAGGUAGAAAACAAAUAUAAUCGUCUGAUAAUAUUUUAUCAGAUAAUAUGCCUGUUACAUGUCGGGGUUCCCCAGGGUAGCAUCCUUGGUCCUCUUUUAUUUUUGUGCUAUGUAAAUGACAUGAGAAUAAGUAUAGAUCAAGCAUGUAUGCCGAUGACAGUGCAAUUCUUUUUGCUCAUAAAAAUCCAAGUAUCAUUUCUCAAAAGCUUUGACAAAUACAAGAGUCUUGUUCAUUUUGGCUUGUAGAUAACAAAUUGUCACUUCAUGUAGAAAAGACUGAAUGUCUUAUUUUUGGUAAACUUAAACAAGUGAAAAAAAAGUUUAAAAAAUUUUGUAAUGGACAUAUAAUUGAAUCCACAAAAUCUGUCAAAUAUCUAGGUUUAAAUAUCUAUGAUUCUUUGUCAGGUGAAUCUGUUUUCAAUAGUUUUCUUACAAAGGUAAAUUCACGUCUUAAAAGUUUUUUAUAGGCAAGCAAAUGUUUAAGAUUUUAGAACUAGAAAAUAUUUAUGCUCAGCAUUAAUACAGUAUUCACUUCGAGUAUGCAUGUUCUUCUUUGUACCCGAGUCUGUUUUAAAAGUUAGUUUCAAAUUUGUCAAAAUAAAAUUGUUAGAUUUAUACACGGUACGGGGCAUAGAGAUAGUGUCAAUAAUGUUAUUCUUGCUAAUAUGUCUUUAUUAAAUGUAGAAAACAGAAAUAAGCAAUUACGUCUUAAUCAUGUUUUCAAAAUUAUUACCAGUGCACUUCAUAUAUGAAAGGAAAUGUUGUACUGUUACAGACAUUCAUUCUUAUUCAACUCGCGUGAAUUAGUACAAUUUUAGGGUCCCAAGAAGUUAUGGUAAAGAUAAUGUAUCAUUUUUACAAAUAGCAAUUCAUGAUUGGAAUUCCUUGCCUACAUGCGUUAAAAAAUUAAUAAGAUAGGAGAUUACAAAAGCUCGGAAAAGGCCCAUUUACUCGAACAGUUAGGAAAUCAUAAUAAAAUUAUCUAGUAUGACUAGAUAUUGAUCUUCAUUUUUACUGUUUUCCUGUAAAUAAAGUAAAAGAAAAUAUCAACGUUUAAUAUUUUAUCUAUAUGACAUCUUCUAGUUUCCAAAGUUUUUUUCUCAAGUUUUUUUUUAUUGUAUAUUCUGGUAAGUAUACAUCCAAGGACCCUACUGGAAAUAAGCCUUCGGGCUUUCAUGAGUAAUCCGAGGUUAUUGCACACUACUUUAUACAUGCUUUCACUUACGUCGUCACAUUAAUUUUUAAAUUGGUUAUUAAUAAUUGGUAAAUUAAUAUCUAGUCCAGGGAAAGAAAGAUAAAUUUAGUAUUGUCUGAAAUGUAUUUUUUCGAUUUUGUUCUUUAUUAUUAUUUAUUAUUAUU